AGGAACCCCAGGCCUGCCUGACGCCAUGCCCUCCCUGGGGGCUGUGUGCAGCCUGCUGCUCUUCAGCGUGCUGUGGAUGGACUUGACCAUGGCGGGCUCCAGCUUCCUGAGCCCCGAACACCAGAAGGUACAGCAGAGAAAGGAGUCCAAGAAGCCACCACCUAAACUGCAGCCCCGAGCUCUGGAAGGUUCGCUCCGCCCAGGAAACCCAAGUCAAGUGGAAGGGGAGGAGGAUGAGCUGGAAAUCCGGUUCAACGCCCCCUUUGAUGUUGGAAUCAAGCUGUCAGGGGCUCAGCACCACCAGCACGGCCAGGCGCUGGGGAAGUUUCUUCAGGACGUCCUUUGGGAAGGGACCAAUGAGGCCCUGGAGGAUGAGUGACGAUCCACGAGACUGGACCCCCUGCCUUCCUCCCACGCUGAGCGCGCCUGCCUGGCUUUUCUACAGUUUCUG